GUUCAAAGUUAUUGAAUAAUAAACACUUUACAAAAUGUAUUGUAAUUAUAUUAUUAAUAUUAUACUCCAAUUCAUUGGUUUCAUGUAAUGAUUGCAAUGUAAUGGUUGAGUCAAACAAUGGUAUAUAUCGCGGAUGCAAUCAAAGUGUCACAACAGCCAGUCUUACGGCUCCAGAGUUUAAGUUUAAGACUAUUUUCGCUUUUAAGGGCAUCCCUUAUGCGGAACCCCCGGUCGCCAAUUUGAGAUUCCGAAAGCCAUUGUCAUUAACAUACAGCCAAUUGACAGAAGUGAAUGCCACUAAUUAUGGGAAAGCCUGCAAACAGCCCCCUCUGGCCAGCAGAGAGACAUACAAUUACUGGCAAUCAUCCGAAGAUUGUCUGUUCCUUAAUAUCUUCACCCCAUCUGUGGACCCAACGGCCAACCUAUCGGUUAUGGUCUACAUUCACGGGGGAGGCCUACUGUUUGAUAGCGCUCGACAAGUGCCCAGUGAACAGCUGAGUCUCCGUGACGUUGUUGUCGUUACUUUGAACUAUCGUUUGGGUGUUUUCGGCUUUUUGUGUACUGAUAGGGAGGACGCGCCCGGGAAUGUGGGGCUCUGGGAUCAGGCAAUGGCUUUGAAUUGGACUCAAAAUAAUAUAAGAAAUUUCGGAGGAAAUCCUCACGACGUGACCCUCUUUGGUCAAAGUGCUGGCUCUGUCUCUGUUAGCAGUCAUAUAGUGUCUCAUGUGAGCCGACCCUACUUCAAGAAAGCUAUAUUGCAGUCGGGGUCGAGUUUAACAAAUGUUUGGCUCCGAAGCAAAGAAUACUCGACACGAGUGGCCAAACGAUUGGCAAAUUUCAUUGGAUGUGAUCGCGAUUAUAUUGAAUGUCUUCGGAACAAGACUUCCGAUGAGUUAUUGACGGCACAGUCGACGGCAUUCCUCUGGAAUCAGAACACACCGGACGCCCAGCCCUGGUAUUCAGCGCUUAUAUUAGAGUUCGUUCAGUGCUUUGGCGAUCAGUUUUUGCCAAAAAAUACAUACGAAUUGCUGGAAUCAGGCAAUUAUAAUAAGGAUAUCCGGAUCCUUUUAGGUCACACGACCCUCGAAUCGGCACAUUUCACACAUAUCUUUGAUAUCAUGAAAGGACGGUUUGGCGCAAAUAGCCCUCAAAUACCUGACGCUGUCGUCAACAUUAAGACCGCCAGAUAUGACAUACAGAAAGUUAUGGUUAAUAACGACUCGUUUGAUAGCGUUAUAGCCGACGAAUACACGAAAUCAUUCAAUAAUGCACUUCUUGUGUCCCCUUUUGGCUUCUUUGAGAGACAACGGCUGAGAGCGGCGGUCGUCCACUCGUACAGCGACUACUCGUUUGUCUGCCCGACUGUCCUCUUCGGCAAGAAUAUAGUGAGUCACCCAUCGUUUGAGGGGUACGUCUAUCAGUACUACUUGACGUACGCCAACAGUAAGUCCACGUGUAAGGGCAGCACGUGGUGUACUAACACACACUUCGAUGACAUACCACUCGUCUUUGGACAACCCUUUUAUAAGAGAGGCUUCUCUCGAAACGACAAGAAUAUGAGUACUAUUCUGAUGGAUAUAUUCACUGAUUUCGCCAAAACAAAUGUAGUGAACACAACCGCAGACACGAGAGAAGUGAGUCUUAAUUAUAUGGAACUGAAUCUCAAGAAUUUGGGCCAAACCUUCUUCGACAUAAUACGAUUCCCUGGACACAAAACCCCACCUCUUGUGACCAAACAAUCGGUUGAAUCGUCGGAUCAAUCAGUGGUGACAGUGAUGUCUGGGUGGCGCUCAUUGGGUAUCACGUAUUUGCGGUUCUCUAGCAUUGCGGCCAAACAGGUGCGUCAGGCCGUCCGCCAUGACCUCCGACCGGAUCAGUUGAGAGAGACCUCAACCAUCAAACAGAUCAAGUCUGAAGUCAAGUCCCACUGA